GUGUGCAGCCACAACAUCCCACAGCCAACUAAAGAAAUCAACUACAGCACACAAUCGGAGAGUAUUGGGGCUGGUAGGCAAUGAACCGCGCGCGGGAGCGUGUGCGUGAUGAUGCUGCCCUGGUGGAGGAGGUUGCCUCGAAGGUAUCCGCGGCGCUGGGGCUUGACAAGGCUAACCGCACCCUCGGCCGCAACCUCGUCAUAGCCGGGCUCGACUCCAACAUCGCGGCGAUCUCAGCAGCCGCGGCCGCUUCGGAAGGUGGUGCUGAUAUCGGCACAGACGCGGGGGCAGCAAUGGCAGCAGCAGCAGCAGCAGCAGCAGCAGCGGUCAGACCACGUCGGGGCAGCGACGACGACGAAGCUGCCGAGCUGGAGCGAACUGGAGAGGCCGCUUUUCGAACGGCAGCCAAGGGUUACGGCGCGCUGGGGGACAGCUUGCUCUCGGACGUGUUCGGCAAGGUCACCACCAGGCUGAGGGGGUCCCUGGUGCAGCUUCAGGCCAUGCAGGAGGAGGAAAACGGAGGUGCCGCGGAAGAGGACAGCGGUGGGGGGCUGGCGGGGUUCGGGAAGGCCGAGCGGUUGUCGAGGGGUGGGGCCGGUCGCGCGCUCAAGGGGGGCCUCGUGAAACGGCACACCUUCCAGGUAGCCAUGGGGAGAGACUCGGGGGAGUAA